GUUUAUACUCGAUCAGUUUCUUGUUAUAUUAAUAAUAGUUUGUGGUUUUUUAUUAAUUUGUCUUUUUUUUUCAAAUAAUAAUGAAGAAAAUGCACCAGUGAUAGAUUUAUCGCAAUAGAUUUUUUUAAUUUGAGUUUUUUGACUACCUAGCAAAGUUUGAAAACAUGGCUUUGAGUACAAGUCAACCGACUCAGAACAACGUUCAAGCGUCGCCGGGUACCGGUUGGCCUAAAAGCACUGCAACUAUUAAACCAUCUAUUUGUCCAUCGCUAAAUAGACAUAUUAAUUUAUAUCCCUUGUCAAAUUAUAAGUUUGGCACAAAAGAACCUCUGUUUGAAAAAGAUCCGUCUGUACCGGCUCGAUUCCAGCGAAUGCGUGAUGAAUUUGAAAAAAUCGGCAUGCGUCGCAGUGUUGAAGGAGUUCUUAUUGUACACAAACACGGCUUGCCUCAUGUUUUACUAUUGCAAUUGGGGACUACAUUUUUCAAAUUACCUGGCGGAGAAUUAAAUCCCAGCGAGGACGAAGUUGAAGGGCUUAAACGACUAUUAACUGAAACUUUAGGAAGACAAGAUGGCAUACAGCCUGAAUGGACAGUCGAAGACACCAUAGGGAAUUGGUGGCGGCCUAAUUUUGAGCCUCCCACAUAUCCGUACAUACCACCCCACAUAACUAAGCCUAAAGAGCACAAAAGACUUUUUCUAGUUCAAUUACCCGACAAAGCAUUGUUUGCUGUGCCGAAAAAUUACAAAUUGGUAGCGGCCCCUUUGUUCGAGCUGUUCGACAACUCUCAAGGAUAUGGUUCUAUUAUUUCUUCAUUGCCUCAAGCUCUCGGAAGGUUUAAUUUCAUCUAUAUGUAAUAAAGAAAUUAGUUAUAAGAUAAUUUUAUAAAGUUUGCUGCCCAUUAAACGAAAAAGAAGAAAUAAUUUUAAAAACUAUUUUUCCGUUCAUUCUUAAAUGUAACAUACAAUGUGUUACAUUUGAUUUAAUAUUAGUAUGUUUUGAAAUUUGUUCAAUCGUAAUAUUAAUAAUAGUUAAUACAGCGUGUUGAGUUUUUUUUGUUAAAUUAAAAGAAUCUUCAAUGUCGUGGAUUUUAAUUAAUUAUCUAGUUUAUACAUUAAGUAACUUUCAGUGUGUCUAAUUGAAAUUCCCAUAUUUUAUAUUUAUAUUGUAUUAUCGUUGGUCAAUAUAUUUCUCAAACUGAGUACACUUUUUUUUACUCGAAGCCGCCAGUAUGUGUAGUAUAGUUAGUAGAUAAUAGGUAUAAAAUUAUGUUUUUAAUAAUCACUUGUCAAUGAAGCUGUUUAUAAUAUUGAAUAAAAUGUAUUUAAAUUACCCAUAGUAAUUUUGUAACGUACGUUUCUAUUUUAUGGUCGCCAAUAUUGUAAUAGUUUUUUUUUUAUUUAGAAAUUUUAAUUCUUUUUUUUUUGUUGUCCGAAGAAUAGACAAAAAACCGCCUCUCUACGACGUCAACUUUACAAUACAUGAUUAUUAACGGUGUUUGUUGUGCAUCCAGCACCACAUAUUAUUAAGGAGUAAAUAGUAAUGAUCCCAUCUCAUUUGGGAAGACCACAUUGAUUUAUAUAAAUAUGCAUUUUGACAAAUGUAGAAAUUAUUAAGUUAUUAAUGUAAUGUUGUAAUGUUCCAACAUUAUAUAUUAUAAUUUUAUUUAUUCAAUAUAAUGUUAUAUCUUAGAAUUAUCUAUCUAAAUUAGUAAAGACAUUAACCAAACUUAAUGAAAUGUAGUGUCGGCCGGGGCGCUAUGUUUUAAGCAAUAUGCAAAAAUAGCCAUACUAACCAAUUUACUACUUGAUAUUUAUUCAGUCACAACUCCAGUAUAUAUUUAUUUACAAGUAUGGAAAAUUAUAGCUGCUCUACAAAAAAAAAGGAGAAAUGAUAAUGAUGUUUCGAUCUUGUAUGAAAAAUGUCAACAUUUUUGUUAAAAAAAAAAUCCUAAAAGAUUACAUGUAAACGUUUAUAGUAAACCGUACAGAAACGCCCUCAAUUAAAGUGUGCCCUGGGGCAGCUACUUAGAUCUAUUAUUUUAUCAAAUGUUUGAGAGCAACCCACACUAAAACAAGUAUACACUAAAACAAUAUUAACAGCUAAAUCGUAAAAACUUGCUUGAUAUUUAUUUUUGUACAAAAAAAAAAACAAAUAAUAAACUAUACAUAGUCAAUUUACAUUCAUUAUACAUUUAUUGUAUAGAAAACGACAAAUAGUAAUAAAUAA